AUGAUCAAGAAUGUCGCGUUUCCCAAUUUCGACAAAUCGUCCAAAGUCAGCACAUGCUCCAAGGCUGCUGUGCAGAAGGUCGCCGGUGAGAGAGUUCAGAACGACGUCAACGCCCUGACCGGAGGUUGCGUCCAUGAUGGCAGGGAGGAACGACGAAUCGCGCGAGCAGAAAAUGUGUGA